AUGUGCACUAAAGGCAUGAUACGGUCGUUGCAUAAAUUGACCGGAUGGCUGCGUCGUGUCUACACCAGCAACAGUCAUCGAGAAAGUCACCCGAGACGACAGAACCCGAGUAGCAACAAGAAGUUAGAGUCAAGGACAUCGAGUGAUACAGAAACAGAGUGUGUCCAGCAUCAUACCAUUGUCAAAGCCAGCACGAUGGCCCCUCAUGUACUUGAACCCGACUCUCCUACAAGAACGAGAACCGGGGUACCGGACAGUGAGGAAUACGACAAGAUGAUAGCAGAACUUCCCUUCCGAGUCAUCUCUUGUCCGCUGCUUCAAGCCAAGAAACUCGAAGCACGGCGUUUCUGUGCUAGGUAUAAUGUCGACGAUGAAAUCCUAAGGGACGAUACGCUGCCCUUGCAUGAGCUUUUCAUGGGCCUUCGCAAAGAGCGUGAGCGAUUGCUACGCACAGUCGUUGGAACUGUUGGUCAAGGACCAGUCAUUGAACCGCCGUUCAAUUUUCAAUACGGCUGUAACAUCACCCUUGGUGAUUCGUUCUAUGCAAAUGUCAAUCUACGAAUCAUGGACAGCGGGCUUGUGAACAUUGGCAACCGAGUUCUGAUCGGCCCAAAUGUCACCAUAGUCACCGAGCUCCACGAGAAGGAAAUCAUGUCUCGUAGGAGUGGAAAGGUCUUUGCAAAACCAGUCACGAUCGAGGAUGACUGCUGGAUAGGCGUUGGAACGACCAUCCUUCCCGGGGUAACGAUAGGCAGGGGCUCGGUGGUCGGUGCCGGGUCCAUUGUCACCAGAGACAUCCCCCCUGGCAGUGUUGCAUGGGGAGACCCAGCGCGGGUGGUAGAGCCCGUUAGCGAUGCUAGCGCAGUCUUUGCUGAGAUUAAUUAG